UCACACUGACGUCGAUGACACAUUUUAGAAGAAUGCAGUUUAGAUAUUUGUCAUAAAAUUUUCAUGAGAUCUUUUUAUUUUAAUGCUGUAUUCCUUAUAAUGAUAUCAAUUUUUAUCGGCUCAUUUGCUUAGUAUACCUAUUUAUGUUAUAAAAAUCCAUUAUGGGUGUAAUACAAUCUGUGUUCUGCUCUUUGACGUUUUGUGUUGAGAGAGUAUUAACUUGGACCUGCUGUGCCUUUGUACUGAUGCUGCUUAUGUUCACCAUUGUACUGUUAAUGAUAUACGGUAUAUCCGUUGGUUAUCACUAUGCGCAGAAAGAGAUGGCUUCUUUUGCAAUGUCAUCAAGAUCCACUACAGAGUCGACACUAUUGCGAAGUGGACCAGAUUCGAAGCCUGUCGUACGACUUGUCGCAGUAAAUAGAUCUCAGGUUGAACACGCGCCACAUCCCAUGCUAGAAGUAUAUCAAACUAAGAAACCAGGAGAACGAAUAUAUAUAGAAACUUCAGAAACUGCAAUUGUUGUGCUUGAAACAGAGAGACCACCAAAAGAACCCGAGCUGUCGCCUCACGAGAAAGACCUCGCACGCAGACUGAUCGGUCGUUUUCGCCGUUCACGAAAUAAUACUACCACAGCAGUACCAUUCUUGAGGCCGCUACGGAUCAGCACUCAAAUCAUUUCUGUACCCACAUGAUGUGAGGGUUUCAGUCGAUCAAUGACUUAGUAAUUUGAAAUUAUGCUUACAUAUUCAAGGAAAAUAUCCUCCAAAUUUGUUAUUCCUUCAAAGAACUAUAUGUAUGCUCUAAUUAAACAAUUUUAUAUAUGUAAAUUUUUUAAUUCCUAUUCAAAAGUUAACAUGUGUAUGAAAUAGUCAAGAACUUAAAACGU